UGUUUCUGUCUCUCUCAUUGGCAAAGCACCUUAAGCCUCGCGAGAGAGAACAUCGAUCCAUGUAGAAUAUAAAGCUCCAAUCCGUAAGCUCCUUGAGCCAUUGUCAAAUCACCAUGAGUUGCACCAACAAUAGGGCGGCGCGGAAUUCUGCCCAACCGCUCACCCCGAAACUCAUCACCGACUCGUCCCCGACAACCUUUGUCCAAGCAGACACCACCACCUUUAAGCAAGUAGUGCAAAUGCUCACUGGGUCGUCCGAAACAGCGAGACAAGCUUCGACCAUGAUCCAAGAUCCAACGCCGCCUCCUUCGAGAAGCGUGAAACCUCCUACGACAAGUAGUCCUACAAAGCAAGGCAACAAGCUGUACGAGAGGAGGAACAACCACCUCGGGAACUGGGACAUCAUGGACGCUGUAGUUCCCGGUAACUCAUCUCAGAAAAUUCCCCGGUUCUUGUCGCCCAGAUGUAAUGGGGAGAUGUCGCCAAGCGCACUGGAUUUUCCGAAUAAGCUUGUGCUUAGCCCUGUCACACCUUUGAGGGAAGACCCCUUUCGCAAGUCUUCUUCUCCUUCGGGAGGUUUGUCCAAGGAGGAGAAGGCUGUAGCUGCUAAGGGGUUUUAUUUGCGCCCGUCGCCAAUAAACUCUCCCCGAGACGCAGAACCAAAGCUUUUGCAGCUCUUCCCUACAACUUCAGGUGCUAGUUCUUUCAGAGAGAGAUGAAGAGACACGACAUCCAGUGCCAUUUUAUGGUUCUAGCCAAAGAACAGGAAAGGAAUGAUCAUGCUCUCUCUCUUUCUCUCUCUCUCUCUCUCGCUAUAUACUAACUUUGUAUCUGAAAAAAUUUGUGGUAUGGACGAGUGA